AUUACUCAAGCGAGUAAUUUUAUUUUAUUUAAUGUUAUUAUCUCGUUUUUAUGGCUGGUUAUAUAAUAAUUCAUUCAUUGUAAAUGAAGUGGCGCACAGUGGCUGGUUUAUGUUAUGUGUGAGACUGGGCUGGGCUUACACGUGUUUUGACGGAUGUUGUAAAAAUGGCUACAGCAAAUUUAAGCACUAUCAUAGAAUAGAAGUGUGUACAUUAAUUAUACAGAAGAUGAAUGAAAGGAUGUAAACAGCUCCUCAGAAGGUUAGGAAAUAUCCAAAAACGUGCUCGUUUUUACAUAGUGUGUUGUCCGCGGUAUAUCGGAUAAUAUCUGUGCUACAAAAAAAAAGAAGAAAAAAAAAGAAAAGAAAGAGUCACACAGUUUAUUUUAAAUUAGACAAUGUGUGAGAAGGCUGGCUCCUCAGAUCCUCUGGCUCAGAGUCCACAAGACAAGGCAGCGUUGGAUCUGGACCAUCACCAUAAGCGUGUGGAGCAUGUGGUUAGUCCUGUCCUGAAUAGAAUCUAUAUGGACUACAAUGCCACUACUCCAUUUGAUCCUGAGGUGGUCAGCGUGGUCACUGAGGCUUUAAAUGAAGCUUGGGGAAACCCCAGCAGCAUGUACCUGCCAGGCCUGAAAGCCAAAGAGAUCAUUAACCAGUCACGAGAGAGUGUAGCCAGGAUGGUUGGUGCAAAGGCAACGGACAUCAUAUUUACAUCAGGUGGCACUGAGGCUAAUAACAUGGUGUUUCACUCAGCAAUGGAACACUAUUGGAAGAGCAGCAUGUCAGCUGAGGGUGGACGUGAGGAAAAUUAUCAUGUUAAUGGCAAAAGGAUCAUUCCGCACAUCAUCACCUCCAAUGUGGAGCAUGAUUCUGUCAAACUCGUGGCUGAACACCUGGUACAAAUGGGCAAGGCAGAUGUCACGUUCCUGCCUGUUUCCAGAGUGACGGGACGGGUGGAGGUGGAGGACGUGAUGGCAGCACUGCGUCCCUCCACAUGCCUGGUGUCAGUCAUGCUGGCCAACAAUGAGACCGGUGUUAUUAUGCCCAUCAGGGAGAUUUGUCAGAGGGUGAAAUCAGCAAAAAGAUCACCAUCUUCUCCCAGAAUUCUGCUGCACACAGAUGCGGCGCAGGCCAUCGGGAAGAUCCGUGUGGAUGCUCAAGAACUGGGGGUGGAUUACCUUACAAUAGUUGGACACAAGUUUUAUGCUCCUCGAAUUGGUGCCUUGUUUGCGAACGGUCCUGGAACGAUGACCCCUCUUUACCCUUUGCUCUUUGGCGGAGGACAGGAGCGCAACUUUAGACCAGGAACUGAGAACACAGCAAUGAUUGCUGGUCUGGGGAAGGCUGCAGAAUUGGUGACAGCAAACCUGGUGAAAGACGAGGCUCAUCUGCUGGAUAUCAGACUUUACCUGGAGCAGAGGCUGAUGACUGUGUUUGGAAAAGAGAAGCUUCGUUUUAACAGUCAUUUCCAUGGAACAGACACACUACCCAACACGUGCAAUGUGUCUAUUUUGGGACAAGGACUGCAUGGCCGAAGAGUGCUGUCCACAUGUAGGAGAUUACUGGCCAGCGUGGGCGCUGCCUGUCACUCAGACCACGGAGAUCAGCCUUCCCAUAUUCUGCUGAACUGUGGCAUCCCGUACCACGUAGCAAUAAAUGCUCUGAGGAUUAGUGUUGGUCGAGGGACAUCACGGGAGGAUGUGGACAUCGUGGUAGAGGACCUCCGGGACACAGUAGAAAGACUGGAGCAAAUGAACUAGAGUCUGUUUUUGCUAGAGCACCCCUUGUGGUGGAGAUGUUGAACAGCAGAAACUCUAGCUUUGGUAUCAUUAGCUUAAGGUACUGAUCAAGGCAGGGAAAGGGGUAAGAGGUGAAAAAUUGUGACUUAAAAUAACAGUUCUAUUGUUGAUUAGAUUUUAUUUUAAAUGAAUUAAUCUUUAUGGUGUUGAUAUUCCCCUUUCUUUGGUGCACUGUAAAGGUACAAUGGCAGGUUAUGUACAAUGACAGGUUAUGUAUAAUGGCAGGUUAUAUAUAGGUUGUAUAUUAUGACAGGUUAUGCACUUAAAUGCACUAAUUAUCUAAAGUACUGUUACAGGGCUGAAUGGUUUAAGUGAAUUAUUUAUUACUUUGGUUAAUAUAUAUUCUUAAUAUACUGUACACACAAUGGCUUUUAUGGAAGCAUUUCCGAGACUGUUUGAGCUUGCAUGUUGUAUUAAAGCAGAAAUAUCUGUAGUGCAGUGCACUGAAUGUGCAUAAAUGAAACUGGAAUAUUAUUAGCAUGUAGCAAGCAGGUGGUACUCUUGUUUUCCUUUUUUUUUUUUUUUUAAACCUGAUGUUGAAUUGUGUUCUGUCAUUAUUAAAGAUCAGAAGCUUCAACCAA